AUGCCCCCUAAGGCCAGCUCUACGACAUCGGCACCAACUUCUAGAUGGACUCAGUCAUGUAAGAUUGGCGGUCUGAGGUUCGACCGAGAGACAUUCACUGACUGGGUUGAGGAGUUCUGCAAGGAUACUAAUAAGAAGAAAUGGAGUAACGACAAGUGGUUUGGUGCCGCGGUUGAUGGCAAACUCGUCAAAACCAAGAGUAUCAAGGUCUUUGAAACCGACAGCGAAGAAAAUGUGUCUUCGUACAAGUUCACCAUCCACGUGGUCAGGCCCAAUAACAACGCCGACGAAAGCUUGUGGUGUGAUAUCAAUGGAAGAGGUUCAACUUUGGCCUCCGCUCUCGAUUGGCUGAGAGAAGACCCUCAGCAAUGCAGAACUCAGUUGUAUGAGUUGCUCAAGUGUGGGCCGAAUGCAAAUGGCGCAGAUAGACCUUCAGGAGGAACCCGAGGAGGUCUUUGCUUGCAUUGGACCAUCGAAGUGAGGAAGGAUGAGGAGUGA